ACUUGCGUAAUCGAAAAACGACCAAUUGAUGACGUGCCUCGUUUCAGCAACAGAUUCAUGUUCAACGUUGCUGAUGGUGGUUUCACAGAGCUGCACACUAUCUGGUUUAACGAACAGCGUGCUUUGGCUGAAAGCAAAGAUACCGAGAUUUGGCAUCGGAAGCAUGACUACUGGCUUCUUGCCGGAGUGGUUCAACAUGGUUACGGGAGGUGGCAAGAUUUGUAGCUUCUGA